CCCCACUUAUAUAUUUAGUUCAAUGAUUUACCCCCAGCAAAAAAACUUGAUUAUGACAAUUGACAACAUUCGCAAUAUUUUAUAUAAUUACCUAACGUUCAACAUGGCUGCCAAUCGAGCUAACAACAAAGGCUCAAGAGGAGACAUGAAGAAGCGUGACUUUUGGUCUAGGGAGUACAAUAAUAAGUCAGGUGGAUCUAGCCCACGAAGUAGGCGAAGUAACUCUCCUAGAAAUUCACAAUUUGACAAUAAAGAGAGGAAGGAGUCUUCACAUAGACUUUAUGCCAGUCAUUUACUAAAAGAGUGGGAAAAGGUUGAGAGUGACCUUAAAAAAGAUGAAAGACCUACAGGAACUGUGGAAUAUAUAACCAAAGAACCAUUAGACAUUAAAGAAGACAAUCUUUGUAAAGUUGAAGCUUAUCUAAAAAACAGAGAAGAAAGUUCACCAGAUUAAAGGUAACAUAUCUCACGAGAAACUAUAUCCAUGAAAAUCCCCCAGUCACCUGUGCUGUUUUUCAAUGUGAAUUUCCAAAAUAUCACGAGUGAUGUAAAUGUAUUAGCUGUAAAAUUUCUACCUGUUUAUAUUGAUUUAUUGCACAAUUCAAUUUCUUAUCAUUGCCACAAGUGCUGGACACUUAUACAUUGUAUUCAUAUUUUAGUUCUUUAUUGUAAGAAUAACUUUGUCUACGUUAAUUUUCAACUUUAUGCUUUAAUUUACAACUUGUCAAUUUAUAUUCAUUUACUUUAUGUAAAAUUAGCAUUUAAUAGUAGUUUCCUAAGACCCAGAGAAACUGUGUGUUUUGUUAACUGGAGACUUUGAAUGUUUCCAAUGGUGUUGAUAUUUGAAACAUUGAGGGCAACAGAGAAUAUUGUUUACAUCGGG